AUGAUUGAAGCUGGUUUGAGUCCUAAUCUUUACACAUUUACAUCUUCGAUUCUUGGUCACACUAGAAAACACGACAAGGAUGCAGCUUCUCUGGUUCUUAAAGAGAUGGUCGAUCAUACGUGUGGAGGACGCUAUGAGGAUCUCAUAUUCGGAUUUUGUGAAAUUGGGAAUAUGGAGAUAGCAAAUAAGUUGUUGGAUCAGAUGCUUAAAGAAGAAGAAACUCCGAGUGAUUAUCUGUUUAUUGUUGAUGCAGUGCUGACCGAGGUUUAG